CGAGAGCAUCCAUUCGGCGUGACUAUGCAGCAACAUUACAAGUGAUAUAUGUUUGUUUGCGUUAUUUCGGAAUGGAGGAUGCAAGAGAUGACAAAACCAUCAAGGGAUUUGUAGAUAGACUCACCUUUGGCAUAACUCGAGUUUUGGAGAGUCUUCCAGGUGUGUUGGAUGUACGAUUUGCAGAGAAAGCCCCUGCAGAAAAACGAUGCCUUAUGUCCUGGGAGCAGGUAUGAAGAAAAACAACUGUGCAUUGCCUGAAGAUCUCAGAGAUUUCUAUCUCACGACAGAUGGCUUCCUACUUACCUGGAACUCUAAGCUGGGAAAUGAAGUAGUUUCAGUGGGUUGCAUGGUGAUCAACAGUCUUGCUCAGUUACGUCCUCUGAUUCAGUCAAGUGUAUAUUCCCUCCCCAAUGCACCUACCUUAGCUGAUCUUGAUUUUGAUGAUGAUUUAGAAGAAUCUGAUGAUCCUGAACAACCUCAUUUUGAUUCUCGCAGCCGCAUCUUUGAGCUGGACACCUGCAAUGGGAAUGGCAAAGUCUGCCUUGUUUACAAGAGUUGCUCUCCAGGUGUAAUAGCCCAGCAGUGCGAGGUGUGGUUCUUGGACCGAUCUCUUUUCUGGCACUGUCUCACCCCCUCCUUCACUGCUUACUACCGGCUUAUGAUCACUUAUCUGGGUCUGCCAGAGUGGCAGUAUAAUUUCACUCCUUAUGGCCCCAGCCCACAAGCUAAGCAAUGGGCAGCCUUGUACCAACCACUGACGUUCCAUUGUGACCCCAAUCAUGACACAGCCAGUGAACCUUUAUUAAACAAGCUUGACCCAGCCAAGGCAUUCCGCGGAAAGGCCAAGCCACCCACACCUAAGAAGAAGCAGCCAGCACAGGUGCCAGCCAGUGGAGGGAACACAGCCAAAGGACAGGGGGUCUCAGGGAGACAUGGCAUGAUUAAGCGAUGACCCCACA